UCAAUCUCCGCUGCUAAUUGGAGAAUUUUUUUUCAAACUGUCCGCCAAAUCUUAAAGUGGUCCGCCCCCUGCUGCCCCACUAGAGGCCUCUUUUCUGAUUGGUCCAGUGGAACGACACCGCGCGCUCAGUGGGCUUAUAAAGCCGGUUGUAGCCGGUAUCGAGCAUCAUUUCUCUGAGCUUUAACUCAAGAAAGCAUAUCUGAAAAUGAGUGGAAGAGGUAAAACCGGCGGCAAAGCCCGAGCAAAGGCAAAGACCCGCUCUUCCCGGGCCGGACUCCAGUUCCCGGUCGGUCGUGUUCACAGACUGCUCCGUAAAGGAAACUACGCCCAGCGUGUCGGAGCCGGUGCCCCCGUCUAUCUGGCGGCGGUGCUGGAGUAUCUGACCGCUGAGAUCCUGGAGUUGGCCGGUAACGCUGCCCGUGACAACAAGAAGACCCGUAUCAUCCCCCGUCACCUGCAGCUGGCUGUCCGCAACGACGAAGAGCUCAACAAGCUGCUGGGAGGAGUGACCAUCGCUCAGGGCGGCGUGCUGCCCAACAUCCAGGCUGUCCUGCUUCCAAAGAAGACCGAGAAGGCUGCCAAGAAAUAAACACCCACAACCGGCUUAAAUAAACACAACGGCUCUUUUAAGAGCCA